AUGCACGGCGCGCGGAUGUCGCUGCGACGCCUGUCGAGGGGCGACGUAGUCACCUCAUUGGUCACAUGUGCCUCCCUUGCGCCGCACGAAUCGGCCUUUGCGAGUGCUCGCGGCAUCGCCUGGACUGCAGUGCCGUGCAGCAAGCCAAGGGAGACCCUGCCGACCCCACCCACUCCUGCAGAUGUUGAACAUGGUCUUCCUGCGUACGACACUCCGGAUGUGCCUGUAGUGGCUGACAUUGUUCACAAGCGCGGUCAGGACGUGCUGAACGACCCGCUUUUCAAUCGUGGCACCGCGUUUUUGCCAUGCGAGCGCGAGCGCCUGGGUCUGCGGGGGCUGCUGCCUCCGAAGCAAAGUUCUUUAGACUCCCAGGUUGCGCGCUUCCUCGAACUUUACCACCACGGUGCUGAGAAGAAGGCGCCCCCGCCCGAUGCAUCCAUCACCGUGCAAGCCAUCCGCAAGUGGCUCACGCUGUCAUCGCUGCAGGACAGGAACGAGACGCUCUUCUACCGGGUGCUGAUCGACCGCUUUGAGGAGAUGGCACCCAUCGUGUACACGCCGACAGUUGGAUGGGCAUGCAUCAACUACUCGACCCUGUACCGCCGUCCGCGUGGGAUGUUCUUCACCGCGAGGGAUCGCGGGCAGAUGGCGUCCAUGCUGUUCAACUGGCAGCAGAUGGACGUGGAUGCUAUCGUGGUCACCGACGGGUCCCGCAUCCUGGGCCUGGGCGACCUGGGCGUCAACGGCUUGGGAAUCCCCAUCGGAAAACUGGAUCUGUAUGUCGCGGCGGCGGGAUUCCACCCCCAUCGUGUGCUGCCAUGCGUCAUCGACGUCGGGACGGACAACGAGUCUUUGUUGGCCGACCCGGCGUACAUGGGGUUGCACCAGCGCCGUCUGAAGGGCCCCGAAUAUCUCGAAGUCGUGGACGAGUUUGUGCGGGCCGUGACCAGCCGGUGGCCUCGUGCAGUGCUGCAGUUUGAAGAUUUCUCCACCGACGUGGCCAGCAUGCUGCUGGAGCGCUACAGGAGCCACCACCUCGUUUUCAACGACGACAUCCAGGGCACAGCAGCGACUGCGUUGGCGGGGAUUUACGGCGGCCUACGCGUCCUGGACCAGCCGGCGUCCGACAUCGUGAAUCAGCGCAUCGUGUGCGCUGGCGCAGGAAGUGCGGGAAUGGGCGUGCUGAACAUGGUGGUGCAGGCGAUGAUGCGCCAUGGCAUGUCCGAAGAGGACGCUCGGCGCAACAUCUGGGUGCUGGACAAGGACGGCCUGGUCACCGUCGACCGAGGCGGGGUCGCCCCGCACGUGCGCGGGUUUGCCAGGAGGGAGCCGGGGAUUGGUGGCAUGAACCUGCUGGACACAGUGAGGAUGGCGAAACCGACGAUGCUCUUGGGGCUCACUGGUGCGGGUCGAGUCUUCACUCAGCAAGUGCUUGCUGCGGCUGCGGAGGGUUGUGCGAGCCCACUGGUGUUUCCCAUGAGCAAUCCAACGUCGAAGAUGGAGUGCACCGCGGAGGAGGCAGCGGCCGCGACGCAGGGCCGCGCGAUUUUCGCUUCGGGCAGCCCGCAGGACGAUGUCGAAUACGGAGGGCGUAGAAUCGCGUCGUCACAGGCGAACAACAUGGUAAUCUUCCCUGGGCUCGCUCUGGGUGCUCACCUCGCGGGGGCGAAACUGGUCACGGACGACAUGAUCAUGGCAGCUGCCGAGGCGGUGCCGAACUUGAUCCCAACGGACGUCCUGCAGCGCGGCGGCGUGUACCCUCAUGUGCGCAACAUCCGAGAGAUCUCAAUGCAUGUGGCGCUCGCGGUGGUCAAGCAGGCCGCGGAAGAGGGGCUUGUCGAGAACAGCAAGCUCCUACGGAAGAUCGGAAUGGGCGAUGCGGCAGCGCUGGCGUAUAUCAAGCGCUCCAUGUACCACCCGUCUUACAACAAUAUCGUUUCGCUGCCCGCAGGCAUCAUGGAAUAG